AUGGACCUCGCAAGCACGUCAACCGUCCCGGAUCCCCGGAGCCUGAACCCAAACUCGAACCUGGGCCUUGACCUGGACCUCGACACCAAUAACUCGUCGCCCAGUCACCGCCAUGACGAGCUCGCCUCGACCUCUCCUUCCUCUGAUUACUUCAAGAACACACCGACUUUCACCGCUACCGCCGACGUACACUCCACAUCAACUUCCCAUCAUACACCUGCUUCCAACGCCGCCUCCGCCGCCAACGAUGUGACUACUGCGAACCAUCCAUCCAGAGACAACUGCGAUAGACGGAGACCUGACGAAGGAGAAAUCUCAAGGUUCCCCGCGAACAUGCCCACCCAACUCGUCGGCCAGACAGUCACUCCCUUCCUCCGAGAACACAUCCCCGGCAUUUACGCUCCCAUCGGAAAACCCGAUGUCCAAAACGAAAACAACUCCCUUAUCCAGAAGCGAGACCCUUCCAACAGCAAGUUCUGUUAUCGUCACCGCCCCGACGCAAAGUGCCGUCGCGCGGCCGAUGAGUCCAAGAUGGUCUUGAUCCAAAGCGUAAGCCCGUCUUGCGUCGAUGCCCACAGGGCUUAUCGACUCCGUGCUGACACGUCUGGUGCCCAGGAACUUGAUAAGCUGCCUUCCGCUGACCAGCAAGCCAUCACACAUGUGUGGUCUCUCUUCUCCGCCGCCCCUGCCAAGCACCGCGAUCUGAUGCUCCAGGGCAUCAUCACCCAGUGUUGCUUCCCUCAACUAUCGACAGUCUCCCGAGAAGUCCACGAACAGCUCAAAAUUGAUUUCAUGGCUGCACUCCCGACCGAGAUUUCGUACAAGGUUCUCGGAUAUCUCGACACCGUUUCUCUCUGCAAGGCUGCCCAAGUUAGCCGAAGGUGGCGGGAUCUCGCCGACGACGACGUUGUCUGGCACCGCAUGUGCGAGCAACAUAUCGACCGCAAGUGCACCAAGUGCGGCUUUGGCCUUCCUCUUCUGGAACGAAAGAGGCUACGAGACUGGAACAAACAAAAGGAGCUCGCCGAAGCUAGGAGCCUACAACGCGACGCCGUCGUAGAAGAAGUCGAACAGGUCGAAGAUGCUCCGACAGCGUCGUCACCCAACGCCAACAAGAAGCGAGAACUGGUUGUCCAUGACGACAGCCGAAAGCGCGCUUGCCUGAGCGAUCCGGGUGAGCCCAUGGCACCCAAGACUGGUGUUGAGAAGGAACGAGAACGUCUCAUUCGGCCCUGGAAGAGUGUCUACCGUGACCGUUUCAGGGUUGGCUUUAACUGGAAGUAUGGCCGAUGCCACAUCAAGACCUUCAAGGGACACGAUAACGGCGUGACGUGCUUACAAUUCGACGACGAGAUCCUCGCCACGGGAUCCUAUGACGCCAAGAUCAAGAUUUGGAACAUUGAGACAGGAGAGGAAAUCCGCACUCUGAGCGGACACACCAUGGGUAUUCGUACCCUCAAGUUCGUCGGCAACAAGCUUUUCAGCGGGAGCUUAGAUCACACGGUCAAGGUGUGGAACUGGCAGACGGGCGAUUGCAUUAGCACCCUCCGUGGCCAUAGCGAAGGUGUCAUCACGGUCGACUUUGACGGAAAGUACCUGGCAUCGGGGUCCAUUGACAAGUCGAUCAAGAUCUUCAACUUUGACAGCAAAGAAACCUUUUGCCUCCGUGGCCACGAGGACUGGGUAAACCACGUCCGACUGGACCCCACUUCGCAGACGCUCUUCUCAGCCUCGGAUGACUGCACUGUUCGGCUGUGGGACCUGCGAAACAAGACAUGCAUAAAGACUUUUGAGGGCCACAUGGGUCAGGUGCAGCAAAUUCUGUUGAUGCCAGAGGACUUUGAGCCUGACGAAGAGGCGCUCGCCGGCGACGGCGCCGACAACGUGUCUGUUCACAGCGGCAGUGGCCGGAGCACGACUCCGACGGCGUUUGCCAAUGUGGCGUCGAUUCUCGGCUCUUCCUUUGGCGGAGACUCGGGCUCUCCACCAGAGGACGAUCGGACGUCGUUUGGGUGUGCCUUCAACUCGGACCCCACCCGGCAGCUGCCGCCCCGCUAUAUGCUCACCGCCGGUCUCGACAACACGGUCAAGGUAUGGAACAUCCACACCGGCAAAUGUCUCCGCACCAUGUUCGGUCACGUGGAAGGUAUCUGGGGCCUCGUCGGCGAUACUCUGCGAAUUGUUACCGGUGCCAAUGACUCGAUGGUUAAGGUUUGGGAACCCAAGAGUGGCAAGUGCGAGCGCACAUUCACCGGUCACUCUGGACCCGUCACCUGUGUGGGCUUGACCGAUAGUCGCAUGGCCAGCGGAAGCGAAGACGGCGAGGUGCGCCUUUACAGCUUCGAGGCAGAGGCGCCUCUCCUCGAGGAGUGCGGUACUCCGGCGUAG